UAUCCUAUUUAGACUUUACCUAUGUCCCAGAACGAGCAUACUCUUUUGCUUCACUCUCCAAAACAAAAGAAGUAACGUUACAUACUUUAGGACUUCGAAGCAGGCCUUUUUAAACAGUUUAGUUCGUGUUUUAAACAGCAUCCAGGUAAUUGUUUGGUUCUUUUCACGAUGCCGCGCAUGUUUAACAGCUCGCGCGCACGUCACGUCACAUCACAGCUGAGGCGGGAAUGAGCGGGACUCUCACUGUACCUGACGAAUUAAUAAACCAAAUUAUUAACCUUAAUUUAAUAAUAUGACCAUAGACGUGUGUAUUCAGCAACGAUGACGCCUUCUGGAUGACAAAUCUGUGCUUUAAACACGCCGUCAUGAAGACAGUUGUGUAGUUUUCGCAUCUUAAGCUUUGUCAUCAUCAGUGCUGAUGGCCGGACACAAACAGCUAAUUUCAGGCUCAGUGAGCUGAGGAGUAAAUCAGUAAGAUGAAGGUGUGUGCUGUGAUGCUGGCCUGUGCACUGAUGCUGAGCUGCUUAUCCUCCGUCUCAAACCCAAGCGGACACUCUCACCAUUCACAACCACUGGAGCAGCGGCAUCACAAACUGGACCUGCAGAGAAGACCACACAAACAUCUGGAGCCAAAGAGCCACUCAGACGGCUUUCCCACACCCCACCCGGCCUUCAUCCACAAAUCCAAGAGAUCUCCCAAACGCAGAGGUUUCUUCCGCAGCAGAUUGACCAGAAAGAAAGCGAGCCGCGAUGAGAGAGAGAAAGGGAAGAGCCGAGCGUGUGCAUUAAGACAAGUGCAGCUGACUGUGUCAGAUCUGGGUCUGGGCUACCGGAGUCAGGAGGAGCUCAUAUUCAGCUACUGCAGCGGCGUCUGCACAAACUCCCUCACAAACUACGACAAAAUCCUCACCAGCCUCACGGGCGGCGAUAAAAACAUCCUGCACAGCUCUCCUCCUACAACCUGCUGCAGACCAGUCGAAUAUGAUGAUGACCUGUCCUUUCUGGAUGACAAUCUGAUAUACCACACUAUGGGGAGACACUCGGCGCGCAAGUGUGGCUGUGUUUGAGACAAUCAAAAAAAAGGCAGACCAGAGGAUCAAUACAAGCAAUUUCAUUUGAGCACGGCUCGCUUGAAGGAAUCAUCAUUUCACUGCAGAUACAGGAUAAGGAAUUAUGCAGGAUGGCAAAACUACCACACAGCAUUAAAGAAACUGAUUGUUACGGUGCUGGUGUGUCCUUGAUAGACUAUUUAAACAGAGUGUUUUGUGUGCUGUGUGUUUUUGAGCUUAUAAUACACUAGUUAAAGGAAUAUUUCACCCCCCCCAAAAAA